AUGGCCAGCAACCCAAGCUUAAAGAAACCAAAGGAGCCCAUGCCAGAACCAUCCUUGUCACAAAAGAGUAAGAAAAAGUCGUCGGGUCCAUGUGCUGCAUGCCAUCAGCCGUUGAGCGGCAAAACAGUGCGAUUGCCAGAGAGCACCACUCGCUAUCACUGGGCAUGUCUCAAAUGCGCUCAAUGUCAAGAACCCUUCAAGGAUACAUCCUUUUACACGGAUAAUGCACGUCAAAUUUAUCAUCCCAAGUGUUACACAGCAGCAAUGACAGAGACACAAACGUGCGUGCGAUGCUCAUCCGAUAUCAAGGAAGCGUAUCUCGUCAUCCAUCAGGCUCACAUGCAUCCCAAGGCAAGGGCAGCGGCCUAUUGUCAACCAUGUGCGAAAAAGACCGAAAAGAUUCCUGACAAUGCUGAAACUCGUAUUGUGCCACAAUUACAUCCACCACCACAACCACAAAUCAAUAGCCAUCCAUUGUCACCUACAUUGACACAAUCCAUGGAAUCACUCUCCACGCUUGCUAGUAGCCAUUCUAACGGCAGCAGUACACCAACAUCACCCUCCUCUCAACAACAACAACCCGCACAACAGCAGCAGCAGCAGCAAAAAGUGAUGCCUUCAUCCUUGAUGAGUCGACGUGCCAAACCAUUACCUAAAUUUGGUAUGCGUAAAGUGUGUGCUGGUUGCAAUCAGACCAUUGCUUCUGUCCAUGAUGAAAAACCAGGUCCAAGAGCAACACGCUGGCACAAGAAAUGUUUAUGCUGUCAGGGUUGUGCCAAGGUGCUUGAUUCAGCUGCUGUCGUGCAUGAUAAUCCUGGUAGCGGUGGUCUUGAUCCUUGGUGUCGUCUUUGUCUUCUUGCCAACAAUAACAAGAACCAAGCUAUACCCAAUAGACGUCCCAAUUCGAGUACCGUUGCUGGUGUCAUGCAUUAA